AUGAAACGUGCGGGGGCUCUGGCGCCUGCUGAUGCUGAGGUACGGACCAGCAGCCUACACAAUGCUCCCAUACUCCUCACAGAUAGCAAGAGCACAUAUCGGUGGCUUUCAAGAUCCCUCAACUCAUUGGCUGCGAACGCAGGUACUCCUUUCAAGUCUGUCGGCUUUUCUGAAUAUUGCGUGUUCAACGGCCGUGAGUUCAGCUGCAAAAGGGGGACGCAACAAUGGAUUGAAUCUGAGGAACUUGAAGGCAACUUGCCUACACUAGACCGUGCACUGCGCCUUCUUGCUUAUCCAGCAGAAGCAAGUCGACAGCGAACCCCAGCAUUGGUCACUCUUUGUCGCCCGUGA